AUGGCGUCUCUCCGCGAGCAGAUCGCCGAGCUUGAAGAUCCGGCACCGAAAGACUUUGACCCUGAAUCGUUUGAAACCUACGGGAAUGACGAAUCACACGGCAGCAACUCACAUGCAGACGGUGGCGCACCAAAUGAAUUAAAUGGUCGAGAGCAUUAUGAAGAGGUUGACGCAAGUAGAUUAAGGAGGCCUGUCCAGCCAGCUUUGGGAAAGAGAUAUGCCUCAAGUCGGAUUACAAGGGACGUGUUGAUCAGUAGGAAUGAGAAUGGAGGCCGAGAAGGCUCGGGCAGUGGGGAAGCGGACAGUGGAUUGGAUGACCCUUUUGCGCCAAUGAGCGAAGAAAGUGAGGAAGAUCCGUUUGCAAAGGGUACAGGUACUGGCAGUGAAAGCGAGCAUGCACUUUCGGACCUAAGCCACUCGGAGGGAAGAAAGAAGAUGAAGGUGUUGUCUGGGUCAUUACCAGAAGAGGGGGAUGAGGAGAUUGACAGUGAUGAUGCGUUCGGUGAGGGCGAUGCUGGAAAAUUUCAAGGAUUUAAAUUUCUGGGAAGCAGAAGGAUGACAGACACGACGGAAACCGGCUUAGGAGAAGGGAAUGAUACAAAUAUGUCCAGUUCCAGUGGCAGUCUGAAUGACAAUCAGAGGGUGAACGGCGCCGAGAACGCGGUCUCAGAGGAUGAUUCUGAAGCAAGUUCACAACUCUCCGAAUACGACUCGGACGAAGCUGUGGAUACGGAUGUCGAUUCCGAAGCAGCCUCUGAGCUGUCAGCCACAAGUCCGCCAUCCCAGAAGGCACCCAAACCAUCCGCUACGACCGGCGAUCGAGCUGCAUUAAAAGCUCUUCUCUCCUCCGAUAUUGCUGCUGUUGCAUCAUCUCUUUCUGCCGCCGCAUCAGCAGAUGCAAAGAAAGGACAAGCAGCAAAAGCACAAUACCGGACCUUCGAUCGACUGUUGGAUGCCAGGAUCAAACUGCAGAAAGGUCUCGCGGCCGCAAACACCAUGGCCGUCGAAUAUGAUUUUUCAGAGCAUAAAGACGCUAUCAAAGCUGCCGAAGAAGCAGCUCUAUCACUUUGGAAUACAAUUACGUCCAUCAGACACUCCUUUGCUGAAGCACAAUCUCAGACCUCCUCUCCCGAGAACAACAAGAAACGCAAACGUCCUAUUCCAGUAACCACUUCAACACCCGUCUCAGCCAUUUGGUCCACCACCAAAACCCUCAACUCUCUUACCCUUCCCCACCACCGCACCAUCCUAAACAAAUGGUCCGCCAAAGUCCGCGCCACCAACCCUGUCGCCCGAGAAUCUACCUCCCGCCUCACCACCACCAACAACGCAACCCAAAACUCCAUCACAAACAUAAUAGACGGCCACCUGGCCACCGAAUCCGAAAAACUAAUCGCCCAAUCCACAGCCACCACCACCACCAACAACAGCAACCUCUCCGCCCCUCCUCCCAGUCGCAGUCGCACGAAUCCCAACCCGCAACCCGACCCCACCCAGACAGCCAACCCAAUCCCCAGCACAACACUCACAUACGACGACAGCACCUUCUACCAAUCCCUCCUCCGCGACCUCAUCACCUCGCGCAGCUCCCUCCAUCCCAAUAUGCCCAACAACCCAUCCGACCUCUUACCACCCACCACCACCAACAGACUCCAUGCGUCAGGGUCCCUCCUCCCAGUCGCAGUCGCACGAAUCCCAACCCGCAACCCGACCCCACCCAGACAGCCAACCCAAUCCCCAGCACAACACUCACAUACGACGACAGCACCUUCUACCAAUCCCUCCUCCGCGACCUCAUCACCUCGCGCAGCUCCCUCCAUCCCAAUAUGCCCAACAACCCAUCCGACCUCUUACCACCCACCACCACCAACAGACUCCAUGCGUCAGGGUCCGCGCAUAAACGCGGCCAGAUCGACACCAAAGCCAGUAAAGGGCGGAAGGUCCGAUACACCGUGCACGAAAAACUGCAGAAUUUCAUGGCCGCGGAGGGAUUUGCGAGUAGGGACGGGCGGGUGGAGUGAGGAGGCGACGAAUGAGUUCUUCGCCAGUUUGCUGGGGGGGAGGCGCAUUUUGCGCGAGGAUGAUGAUGAUGCGAGCGGGAGUGAGGGGGGUGGAGAUGGAGAUGGAGAUGGAGGGGGGGAGGCGCUGAGGUUGUUCAGGGGUUAG